UCAAGGGAAAAAACUGUGAAAUUGCUAUGAGGAGAUGCCACAGGACCCUUUGUAGCCAUGGAGGACUGUGCUAUGUGACAGACAGAGGUUCCACAUGCUUUUGUCCUGUUGGAUAUAAGGGGACAUUCUGUGAAACCCCAGAAGAUGAGUGCCUUUGGAACCCCUGCCAAAAUGGGGCUGUGUGCAGGGAAAGGGGAAAUGGACAAGCAUGUUAUUGUGUUCCUGGAUUUCAAGGAGCGUUAUGUAAUAUUGAAGUUGAUGAAUGUAUUUCUAAUCCCUGCCAACAUGGAGGUUCAUGCCUUAAUGAGAUUGGAAGAUAUACUUGUGUUUGUCCAUCACAGUUCACAGGCAGAGAUUGUGAGGUGGAGUUUGAUGAGUGCUCAUCAGGCCCCUGUCUGAAUGGAGCUACCUGCUAUGACCUGCUGGGAUCUUUUUCAUGUACGUGCCCAGCUGGCUUCUCUGGGGAUCUCUGCAACAUUAACAUAAAUGAGUGCGAGAGUUCUCCAUGCCUUAAUGGUGGACUCUGUGUCGAUAAGAAUAACGGGUAUCAAUGUAACUGCAUGGUAGGAUACACUGGUGCAAACUGUGAAGUCUCCGCGUCCUUGUGCUCAUCACAGCCCUGUCAAAAUAAUGCAACAUGUAUAGAGGAUUCUGUGAGCUUCAAAUGUCUCUGCUGGCCAGGGUACACAGGUCCUCUAUGUGAGACAGAUGUUCACAAGUGCAAAAGCCAGCCUUGUAAAUUUGGCAUGGAGUGUGUGGAGCUUCCAUGGUUCAAUGGAUCUGUUAGAGACACAAGAGAUGAAGAACAGUUUUCUGGCUACAUUUGUAAGUGUGGCAGAGGAUUAUCUGGUGUCCAUUGUGAGCAAGACAUUAAUGAAUGUGAGUCAAAUCCUUGUCAGAAUGGUGGCACAUGUGAAAAUCUUAAUGGCACCUACACUUGUCAUUGUCCUACAAUAAAGGAUCCAAGAGGGCAUUAUUAUGGAGGAUCAGAUUGCACAGAGAAGCUCAGGGGCUGUGAAAAGCAGACAUGCUACAAUGGUGGUUCAUGCGUACCCUAUAUGAUGGAUGGCAAACACCACCACACCUGCCUUUGUCCUGCGGGAUUUAGAGGCCCUGACUGUCGGGCACAGACAACGUUCUCCUUUAAUGGUAGAACAAUUCUUCCUAUUAGAAAUAUUACUGUUCAGCCCCAAGGGGGUUCAUUUUCCAUUAUAUCUCUGAGCUUCUCCACGGUCCAGACAACUGCUGUUAUUUUCAGCAUUGGAACCAAGCCGGCUUCCCUGACGCUCUCUAUAGAAAAGAGCUUUUUAUUCUUGGAUUUUCUUAACACUCAGUGGAGCACACUUCUGCAUUUGUCUCACAAUGUCAGUGAUAAUCUUUGGCAUACUGUUGAAAUAAUAAUCGCAGAAAACAUUCAGCUUAGAGUCCUUGACCCUUCUUGUGAUAAUACGUGUGUAUCCCUGUCCAAGUAUGAAGGUCCAACAAUCAUUGAGUUUCAGGGAAUGUCUAUAGGCGGUAUACAACCAGCGAAAACCAGAGAGAGAAAUCAUAACAAUAGCACAGAAGAAAUACAAUCCUGGUUUGUGGGCUGCUUAAGGGAUAUCCGAGUGGGUUCCACUGUUAUUACAGAGGAAUUUGGAGAAUCGGUUGGUGUUGAAGUUGGAUGCCAGCGACAAGACCACUGUGAGAACCAUCCCUGUGAAAACAGGGGGAAAUGUAUGAAUCUAUGGAUCAACUACCACUGUGAUUGCUAUAGACCUUAUAGAGGGAUAAACUGCUCCGCAGAAUAUCAAGCUGUGGAGUUUGGACAUGGGAAUGUAUCUUCAUAUGCCAUUUUCCACAAUCUGGCUACACAUAUGGAUGACAUCACUUUAUCAGCAUUUGUGAGGGCAGAACAUGAUUCCGGCUUGUUAUUUGCUUUGGGAAAUUCCACAACCUAUGACAUCACAGUGUUUAUUGAAGAUGGCAAAUUAACAGCAAAAGCUGGAAGCGGCAUCAUUUUAAAAGGAGAGUUCAAUAUCAAUGACUUUCAAUUUCACUUGGUUUCUUUAAAGUUGACAAAAGACAAUUUUGAAGUCUACACUUCUUCAACAUCAAUAUCCCAAAUAUCUAUGACCAUGAAUAAACAACAGAACAUAAGUACUCUUUAUGUAGGAGGACUGGUAAACCAUCUAGAAACCAUUCUAAAUGGAGGAUACUUUAAAGGCUGUAUUCAAGAUCUUAGGAUUGAUGACCAACCUCUGCAGUUCUUCCAUAGUUCUAAGUCGAUUGGAGACCCAUUUCUGAGCAAUGUGACAAAGGGGUGUACAAACAAUUGCCCUACAGCAGGAAAGACAUGUGAGCAGAAUUGGUGCCAGCUCACCCAGUGCCCUCUUGGAUCUGUGUGCCAGCCUUUGCCCAGCGGAUAUGAGUGUAAGCAAGCAGUAUUACUUGUAUUUUUUUGUGAAUAUCAAGCUGUGGAGUUUGGACAUGGGAAUGUAUCUUCAUAUGCCAUUUUCCACAAUCUGGCUACACAUAUGGAUGACAUCACUUUAUCAGCAUUUGUGAGGGCAGAACAUGAUUCCGGCUUGUUAUUUGCUUUGGGAAAUUCCACAACCUAUGACAUCACAGUGUUUAUUGAAGAUGGCAAAUUAACAGCAAAAGCUGGAAGCGGCAUCAUUUUAAAAGGAGAGUUCAAUAUCAAUGACUUUCAAUUUCACUUGGUUUCUUUAAAGUUGACAAAAGACAAUUUUGAAGUCUACACUUCUUCAACAUCAAUAUCCCAAAUAUCUAUGACCAUGAAUAAACAACAGAACAUAAGUACUCUUUAUGUAGGAGGACUGGUAAACCAUCUAGAAACCAUUCUAAAUGGAGGAUACUUUAAAGGCUGUAUUCAAGAUCUUAGGAUUGAUGACCAACCUCUGCAGUUCUUCCAUAGUUCUAAGUCGAUUGGAGACCCAUUUCUGAGCAAUGUGACAAAGGGGUGUACAAACAAUUGCCCUACAGCAGGAAAGACAUGUGAGCAGAAUUGGUGCCAGCUCACCCAGUGCCCUCUUGGAUCUGUGUGCCAGCCUUUGCCCAGCGGAUAUGAGUGUGUUUCCAAUGCAUUUUUUAGUGGGGAAGGCAAUGGAAUCCUAUUUAGGAGUAAUGGGAAGAUUACCAGGGACCUCACCAACCUGACCAUUGGCUUCCGCACUCUGAAGUCUGACUCUGUGCUGCUGCAUGCAAACAGAGAACCAGAGAGGAUCACAAUUAGUGUCCAGGACAAAAAGCUGCAUUUCUACCUACAAAGUGGCAAUGGCCUUAGCGCAGUAACGUUGAUAAGUGUGGUAUCAGUGAGUGACAGCCAGUGGCACAGUGUCUCCUUGUCAAUGGUUGCUCCUGGAUUACAGUCCUCCAUAUGGCAGAUGGAAAUAGAUGGAAAGCCUGAGAUGAUCGGUUCACAAGCCACGGGAAAUUUGAACUUCCUAAAAGAGGGCACAGAGAUUUAUGUGGGUAUAAACAACAAUGGCUCAAACAGGAAUUUUACUGGAUGUCUGGGCACUGUAUUAAUAGAAGGAAUACACCUACCGUACUUUGCAGAUUCAGAUUACUUUGUAACUAAACCACAAAAGGAACAGUUUGUGAAAAUCUCUCCUGCGAGUGUUGCCAUUGGGUGCCUGCAGUCUGACCCCUGUGCCUCUCAACCCUGCAUGAAUGGAGGCAGCUGUAAUGAUGUCUUCACCCAACCAGUAUGCACUUGUCCUGCAUGGAAGACUGGAACUUUCUGUGAAGUCAACAUAACUGAGUGUGCGUCCAACCCCUGUGUACAUGGAAACUGCAGUGUGGUCAACAAUGGCUAUAAGUGUGAGUGUGAGGAUGGUUACAGUGGAACUAACUGUGAAAUCCAUAGCUGCCAUGGCCAUCUGUGUAGAAGUGGUGCCACCUGCAUUGCAGGAACAGCAGGAUACUUUUGCCUCUGCCCAGCAAAUUUUACAGGACUAAACUGCAGAUUUAACAGAAUGCCGUCAACAUUUUGUGGAGACAAGAAUAAAAAUAUCACCUGCUAUAAUUAUAGUAACUGCACUGAGGUGAAUGGGGUGCUGGGAUGUUCCUGUCUACCAGGAUUUGUUGGAAAAAGAUGUGAGAUUGACUUUGAUGAGUGCGAAUCGAAUCCCUGUCUUAAUGGAGGACUCUGCCAGAACCUACCCAACGAAUUCCACUGCAUCUGUGACCUGAAUUUUGCUGGAACGUUGUGCGAGAUCGAUUUGUCAGAUUUCCUGCCUCCGGGAGUUUUUACUGUUGUGGCCUCUGUGGUUCUGGCACUCUUUUUUGCUGUGUGUGCUGGCCUGUGCAUAUUCAUUGUUGUAGCUAGCAUGAGGUCAAACCAAGGAACUUACAGCCCAAGCAGACAGGAGAAAGAAGGAUCACGAGUAGAGAUGUGGAAUAUUGUUCAGCCGCCUCAUUUGGAGAGGCUCAUCUAAUAAGGACUCUCCUUUC